CAGGAGAGGACUUGAGUACCAGGCCCUCGGUCCCUUGGGGACCAGACCCGACAGGUGGCCUAGGGGGAGGGAAGCGUCCCCACAGCUCCUGGCUCAGGAAAAGUCGGCUCAGUUCCAUUUGGCCAAGGAGCUGGCAAGGGAGUCCGGGCUGUCGGUGGCAGGUGAUACAGAGCAGCCGGCGAGUGGGCUCGGAGAGAGCAGGGAUCGGCAGUCCCGGACCCCGAGGGGGCAGGCGGGCGGGAGCGGGAGAGGGGCGGAGCUCUGAGGCCCGGGCGCCGCGGCCGCCCAGAGGGUCUGCGGGGGCUCCUGUAGCCCGACCCGAGAGAGCGCGCCAAGAGUUCCAGGUAGUGGCGCGCCCCUCCAAGACUGCGACCUUGGCUUGGGGACCAGGACCUUCGCGCCACCCUGAGCUCAGUCCUGAGCUGAUCCUCUGUGGAGACCCGCAGCCGAGAGACCAGAGCUGCCCCUGUGCGAGGGAACCCCAGCAGCGGCGCCAGGCUUACAGAGUAUCACAUUACGAACUGGAACCAGAGACCUGCACCAAAAAGGGAAACCACCACAGACAGUCUCUACAUGAUGCGGCUUCUUGAAACGCAAGGACCACCCACCUUACACAUCCACAAAGAAGAAGGCAGAAUUGGAGAUGGCGACACCAGGGCUUCCAUUGUGUUAUUAAUGGUUCUGUAGGCAUGUGUCUCCACCUCAGGGUGUAAACUGCACCAAAGGGAAGUUCUCACCAAGGGACCCAGACUACGAGCACCAUUGUCUCGCCCCUGGAGAGAAGGCAGAGUCAUGGUGCCACAUAGCUGCUGUUUGGUCCUCUUGGCAUUUGCCUGGUACUCCUCUGCCUAUGGGCCCGACCAGCGAGCCCAGAAGAAAGGGGACAUUAUCCUCGGGGGACUCUUCCCUAUUCAUUUUGGAGUAGCAGCCAAAGAUCAAGAUUUGAAAUCAAGGCCAGAGUCCGUGGAAUGUAUCAGGUACAAUUUCCGUGGGUUUCGCUGGUUACAAGCUAUGAUAUUUGCCAUAGAGGAGAUCAACAGCAGCCCGGCCCUUCUUCCCAACAUGACUCUGGGUUACAGGAUAUUCGACACUUGCAAUACCGUUUCUAAGGCCUUAGAGGCCACCCUGAGUUUUGUCGCCCAGAACAAAAUCGAUUCUUUGAACCUCGAUGAGUUUUGCAACUGCUCGGAGCACAUCCCUUCGACUAUUGCUGUGGUGGGAGCAACUGGCUCAGGCGUCUCCACAGCGGUGGCCAAUCUGCUGGGGCUCUUCUACAUUCCCCAGGUCAGCUACGCCUCCUCCAGCAGACUCCUCAGCAACAAGAAUCAGUUCAAGUCCUUCCUCCGGACCAUCCCCAAUGAUGAACACCAGGCCACCGCUAUGGCAGACAUAAUCGAGUAUUUCCGCUGGAACUGGGUGGGCACGAUUGCAGCUGAUGAUGACUAUGGCCGGCCAGGGAUCGAGAAGUUCCGAGAAGAAGCUGAGGAGAGGGACAUCUGCAUCGACUUCAGCGAGCUCAUCUCCCAGUACUCUGAUGAGGAAGAGAUCCAGCAGGUGGUGGAGGUGAUCCAGAAUUCCACAGCCAAGGUCAUUGUCGUCUUCUCCAGCGGCCCAGACCUAGAGCCCCUCAUCAAGGAGAUCGUCAGGCGCAACAUCACAGGCAGGAUCUGGCUGGCCAGCGAAGCCUGGGCCAGCUCCUCCUUGAUCGCCAUGCCUGAGUACUUCCACGUGGUGGGAGGCACCAUCGGAUUCGCUCUGAAGGCUGGGCAGAUCCCAGGGUUCCGGGAAUUCCUGCAGAAAGUCCACCCCAGGAAGUCGGUCCACAAUGGUUUUGCCAAGGAGUUUUGGGAAGAAACAUUUAACUGCCACCUCCAAGAAGGUGCUAAAGGACCUUUACCCGUGGACACCUUCCUGAGAGGUCAUGAGGAGGGUGGCAGCAGGUUAAGCAACAGCUCCACUGCUUUCCGACCCCUCUGCACAGGAGAUGAGAACAUCAGCAGUGUGGAGACGCCUUACAUGGAUUACACACACCUUCGAAUAUCCUACAAUGUGUACUUAGCUGUCUACUCCAUUGCUCAUGCCCUGCAAGAUAUAUACACCUGCUUACCAGGGAGAGGGCUCUUCACCAAUGGUUCCUGUGCAGACAUCAAGAAGGUUGAGGCUUGGCAGGUCCUGAAGCACCUACGGCAUCUGAACUUUACCAACAACAUGGGGGAGCAGGUGACUUUCGACGAGUGCGGUGACCUGGUAGGGAACUAUUCCAUCAUCAACUGGCACCUCUCCCCAGAGGAUGGCUCCAUCGUGUUUAAGGAAGUUGGGCAUUAUAAUGUCUACGCCAAGAAGGGAGAAAGACUCUUCAUCAACGAGGAGAAGAUUCUGUGGAGUGGGUUCUCCAGGGAGGUGCCCUUCUCCAACUGCAGCAGAGACUGCCUGGCAGGGACCAGGAAAGGGAUCAUUGAGGGGGAGCCCACCUGCUGCUUUGAGUGUGUGGAGUGUGCGGACGGGGAGUACAGCGAUGAGACAGAUGCCAGUGCCUGUAUCAAGUGCCCGGAUGACUUCUGGUCCAACGAGAACCACACUUCCUGCAUCGCCAAGGAGAUUGAGUUUCUGUCGUGGACUGAGCCCUUUGGGAUCGCGCUCACCCUCUUUGCGGUGCUGGGCAUUUUCCUGACAGCCUUCGUGCUGGGUGUCUUCAUCAAGUUCCGCAACACGCCCAUCGUGAAGGCCACCAACCGAGAGCUCUCCUACCUCCUCCUCUUCUCCCUGCUCUGCUGCUUCUCCAGCUCCCUGUUCUUCAUCGGAGAGCCCCAGGACUGGACGUGCCGCCUGCGCCAGCCGGCUUUUGGCAUCAGCUUCGUGCUCUGCAUCUCGUGCAUCCUGGUGAAAACCAACCGCGUCCUCCUGGUUUUUGAAGCCAAGAUCCCCACCAGCUUCCACCGCAAGUGGUGGGGGCUCAACCUGCAGUUCCUGCUGGUUUUCCUCUGCACCUUCAUGCAGAUCGUCAUCUGUGUGAUCUGGCUCUACACGGCGCCCCCCUCCAGCUACCGCAACCACGAGCUGGAGGAUGAGAUCAUCUUCAUCACGUGCCACGAGGGCUCGCUCAUGGCGCUGGGCUUCCUGAUUGGCUACACCUGUCUCCUGGCUGCCAUCUGCUUCUUCUUCGCAUUCAAGUCCCGGAAGCUGCCGGAGAACUUCAACGAAGCCAAGUUCAUUACCUUCAGCAUGCUCAUCUUCUUCAUCGUCUGGAUCUCCUUCAUUCCAGCCUAUGCCAGCACCUACGGCAAGUUUGUCUCUGCCGUGGAGGUGAUCGCCAUCCUGGCAGCCAGCUUCGGCUUGCUGGCCUGCAUCUUCUUCAACAAGGUCUACAUCAUCCUCUUCAAGCCCUCCCGUAACACCAUCGAGGAGGUGCGCUGCAGCACCGCUGCGCACGCUUUCAAGGUGGCAGCCCGGGCCACGUUGCGCCGCAGCAAUGUCUCCCGAAAGCGGUCCAACAGCCUCGGGGGCUCUACGGGAUCCCUCCCCUCCUCCUCCAUCAGCAGCAAGAGCAACAGCGAAGACCCCUUCCCGCAGCCCGAGAGGCCGAAGCAGCAGCAGCCGCUGGCCCUGACCCAACAAGAGCAGCAGCAGCAGCAGCAGCAGCAGCAGCAGCAGCCCUUGACCCUCCAGCCACAGCAGCAGCAAUCGCAGCAGCAGCCCAGAUGCAAGCAGAAGGUCAUCUUCGGCAGUGGCACCGUCACCUUCUCCCUGAGCUUUGACGAACCUCAGAAGAACGCCAUGGCUCACAGGAAUUCCACGCAUCAAAACUCCCUGGAGGCCCAGAGAAGCAGCGAUGCCCUGACCAGACACCAGGCACUGCUCCCGCUGCAGUGUGGGGAGACAGACUCAGACCUGACCACCCAGGAAACAGGCCUGCAAGGGCCCAUGGCCGGGGCCCACCAGCCAGAGAUGGAGGAUCCGGAAGAGAUGUCCCCAGCACUUGUUGUGUCCAGUUCCCGGAGCUUCGUCAUCAGCGGGGGAGGCAGCACGGUCACGGAAAACAUACUGCAUUCCUAGAAAGGAAGAAGGCCUGGCCAGGAAGAAUAGAGAGAGGUUUCUUGGAAUCACAGGGACGAGGAAUCACCGCACACUCCUUUCCUUUGAGGAAAAUGGGACAAUAGACGCAUCAAACACCCCAACUUAGUCGCCCUGCUUUAAAUGGCAGUCAAUUGGCUCUUGAUCCCUUUACAAAUAAAAAAGAAAGAAAGGAAGGAAGGAAGAGCCGUGUGUUCUGUGAUCGUGUUUGUCAGAAUGUUAUGUCAUGGUCAGAUGUGCUGUCAUUCCCAUCUGAAAUCUCUUCCACUGCUAUAUCUCACCCAGCAGCUCAGAGAUGAAGUCAAGGCUUUAAGCUGCCCACCUACACCUUCUUUAAAAGAAAAGGGGGGGGAGGGGAUUGGGUGGUGGCUCAGCGGUAGAGCACUGGCCUAGCACAGGCGAGGCCCUGGGUUCGAUCCUCAGAACCACAUAAAAAUAAUUAAUUAAAGAUAUUGUGUCCAACUACAACUAAAAAAUAAAUAUUAAAAAAAAGAAAAGUGGUGUGUGUAUGUAUGUGUGUGUGUGUGUGUGUGUGUGUAGAAAUGCCUGCCCUGUAAAUCAUGGACAGCCAUGACCUGAAUCAUGGACCAGAGAAAAAAAGUAUGCAGACUGACAUGACAGGACGUCCAGUUUGCCAGCUGGAGUUAAGAGUCUGAAAGUCAUCACGUCACCAGAACUGCCCAACACCUUGACAAUGGAAAGAAUUUAAAAUGUUCAAAAACAUCAGAGGGAUGUGCCCCCUCUUAUUUAUGAAAACCAUAAGAUGUGAGUUUCUUGGCCUUGGUCUCCUACCUGCUGCUGCUCUUGGGUGACGUCUAGAAAGUCUGCAUCCCUUCUGUAGCAAUAUGUCUGGGUUUUUUUCCAGAACAUGAUAGUGAGGUCACAUUUAUAUUCCAGGAUCACAAGAAUCACCUCCAGUUGUAGGGAAGGGACUGUGUAAAGUCAAUGAGCUGUAUGUAUCUGUUAUUAAUAUUGUUGUAUCUAGGUUUAUCCUUACAAAAAUGCUUCUGUUGUAAUGGUCCGUGGACAAUAUAAACUGAAAAAUUGUUGCA